CUGUGCCCCUGCAGCUCCCCUGUCACCUGCUCCUAGGAGCGUUGGGCUCCCCCCGCCCAGCCCUGCAACACCCAUCCGGCAACGCCAGAUUCUGCGCAACUGGGGCAGCUGCGACUUUGAAUCUCUCAGCUCCGCGGCCUGAGGGCUGCCGCCACCGAGAAAUGGAGGCACAGAGCUGUGAACAAGAGACCACGGCUCGGCGAAAUGGCAGUGCCAGGAGCCUGAAAGGGAAUGCAGCCGGCGGGGUUGUCAAGGACAACAUUUGUUUUGGCGCAACCAACGGUGCUGUCACCAAGAAACCGUCGACUCUUGAGAAAAAAGAGAAGUUCGGCUACCGAGAAACUCCGUGCAACAAGUGCUGUGACAGCAAAACCGCCAGCUCCGCGCCGCUGGCGAAAGAGCCAACGGAAACGCCGGGUGCUGCGACCGCGACGCCGGCACUAGAGGGCCUCGGAUGGAGAAAGCCCCGCAGUGAGACGAGGAAACUGUGCACAGCACAGCUAGCAGCUGACACAAACAGAAAAGUGUCUGGUCUGCACUCUGGGAGAAAGCGCGGAUCAAAACCAGCAACUCAGUGGAGGGAACCCCGCAGCCACUGA